ACCUGCUCUUCACAUAAGUCAUUAUUGGAGAAAUUACAGGAGGGAAAAUGAAAUGGAAUUUCUCUUCUUAAGGUCAUCCAUAUAUUUUGUUUACUGUGCUAGUCGUACUUUGGGUAGUAAAUUUGAUCUUUAAAAGCCAUUUGAAACGAAAAAUGUCCCUGGCCAUUAUGAAGUAAUUUGUUCUUGUUUUCGGCUGAGAACCCAACUGCAACAUUAGGAUUUGGAGUCGCUUUAAGAAAAACAAUUUUUAACCCUCCACAAAAAAAUUUAAAAUAAAAUUGAAAAUACACACUUGUCAGCCCAAAUGGAAAAAUAUCUAAACAUAAUUUCAAGGAUAGCAUAUGUUCUUAUAUUGAAAAACAAUUUACCAUCUUAUCGAAAUGAUAUUAUUCUGAUGAAUAAUAAUAAGAAUUAGCCUUCAUCAGUAAUUUAUUUCCAACAUUAUCAAUGAAAAAUCAUAGAAUGGAACAUGUUCACUUGAAUAAAAUGACUGCUGAGAUGAUAAAAGAGAACCGAAGCAUCCUCAAAAACAGAAAGAAGCUUGUUUCAUAAGCAGUUUGUUUAUUCAAAUGUAGAGCCCUAUGAACUUUUGCUUUUUUAAUUUGUUUAUGUGAACUUUGAAAAAGAAGUGAAAAAAUAUAUAUUAUAUAUACAUGCCCAAGAUAAUUGCUGAAAACUACAUUUAAUUUGAGCUCAAAUUAACAGACACUUAUGUGGAUGAUGUCGUCUUCUUUUGCUUUAACUUUCAUUAAAUAACGCAUUGACUUCUAGUCCUAGAACAUCAGCAGAUGCCUUGGGAAAUUAUUAAGGUUUUUAACUGGAUAAUGUAAUUUUUUUUCUUAGGUAAGAUAUAGUGGACCUAUAAUAGUAUUUUAGAGGGUAAAAUUAUUUUAAAUUUCCCUUUUCUUUUUAGAACCUUAUUCCUUUCUCAGUUUCCAUUUCAUCUUUAAAUUUCUGGAGAACUAGCCACCAAAGUAGAGAAUCUCCUUUUAAAGUGGGCAAAGAAUUAAACUUUAUUCGCACUAAACAAGAAAUCAAAGCUUGAAAAAGCAGAUAACAGUGAAAGAUAGAUAAUCAUAUAGUCAUGACUCCUAACCUUUGAUUAAAUAUAGAAAAAGGUCUAAGAAGUUGUAACAGCUAUAUAUAGUCUUAAAGCUCAACGUGAAAACAAUUUUACAUUCAAUCAAGUAAGGAAUCAAAAUCUUGAAAUCAAGAGGAGUUAGACAUGUUUAGAAGAACCAACAGCAGCGGUUCCUCUAAUUCUGCUUCAGCGCCGCCACCAUUGAACUGGCGGUCUGCAAGGGAAUCUGCUGUUCCUUCUCCCAACUCCAAUGAAGCAAAUUAUGGGGAGCUCUUGUUCCCAGCCUCCCGUUCCUUCCGAAGCAACCCUGAUUUUAGAGGCCCAAUGGAAGCUCAGCGGCCAUUUCGGAGAAUGUCAUCAAGCUUUGGCUCAACCAGUGUCCCUUCUCUACAUCGUUCACCAGUUCGUCUCCUAAUCCUUGACAAUGAACCACAGAUAGAACGUGUCGCUCCCCGGUAUAUGCAGAUCCCCCGAGAGUCUCCACCAAGGCCGAUUGAGUCAUGGCAUUUUCCAGUCCAUCGAACAACAGAACAACAGUCCAGAAACUCAAGCCAGUUUCAGCAACAAAGCAAAGCGUUGGAGAAUCUCAGGAAGGAGUUCUACAAUCCCGUGUCAAAGAGAUUAACAACAAAAGUCAAUUUAUACUACCGUGACACUCCUGUGAAUCCUAAGGAUUUAGAAUCAGAUGAAGAUGGAAAAAGGUGUGCCAUUUGCUUGGAUGACUUUGAGCGUGGACAGGAGGUUAUGCUCACUCCUUGCAAGCACAUGUUUCAUGAAGACUGCAUUGUGCCAUGGGCCAAGAGCAACGGCCAGUGUCCAGUUUGUAGAGCUGUUUUCGGGCCUAAAAUGAGAGAUUCUUCGUUGAGCACUAACAAUAAUAGUUUUCUCACUCCAAGGAUGGCUGGUUCUGGUUUAUCUACACAGGAGUUAGUCUCUAUAAUAAGGGCACUUGGGGAUAGUUUCCAAUGGGGUUACUAAGAGUUGCUGUGGAAUUAGUGGCUUGCAAUACUAUGCUCUCUUGAGAACUUAACAAAGGAAAAAAGGGAAACAAAAUUUGUUUGUUUGUUAUAAGCUCUUUUAAACUUUCCAAUGUAUAAUGCUGUAGUUUGAGCAAAGAAAGUUAAGGUAAAAAGAAUAUAUAUGUCGAUAAAGAAAUGUUAUGCAACAAGGGAUUUUAAAAGAAUGUUUCGUGGCUUC